UUUAUUAUAUAAAGAAUACAAUGUACGAAGAUAGAUAAAAUGAGAAUAAUUUAUCUAUAGAAACGAUUGCAUCACAUUGUGCCCUGCCCGCUCGGCCUGUUAAUCACUCACUUUAUGUGUGGGCUUGUGAUUUAACUAGUGUUAUUCGUGCCAAUAUUUCUCACCAAAUAGGUGUUAUACCUGUCCACAUAAAGUGGGAAAAAAAAUCUUGUCACUUACAUUAUUUCUACUAACCAGUGACUAAAAGAGUGUAUACCUGAUGUUUUUUUCCAAAUCCAGAAAUCGCGGUACAUAAUCGACAGUAAUUGUUUCACAAAUACACGACAAAUAUCACUCAAUUGGCAUUUUCAUCGAUAAAAUCCUCUUUAGAAAUAAUUGGCCAAUCAAAAUACUCCUUUGUAGUAAUUGGCCAAUCAAAAUCCACAUUAUCCGUUCUCGGCAGUCCUGAUAGACCGUUAACAUUUGCAUAUUGCAAUUUCAUUUGUCCUUCGCUUCGAGUGGGAGUAAACAAAUGUGAAUAGAACACGAGGAGUGUUCCGUCAAACACUACACCGUGUCGUGUCAAUUUAGUAAGAAAAAUAUAUCUGAAGUUUGUGUGAAAUUUUCUAGGUGAUUACACACAUAUGGCGUUUACUAGUGAUAUCGUAUAGACGUGUACUACAAUCGUUAUCAGUAUAUUGUCACACUGUGUACGUAGUGGCACUCGCCUGGUUCCCUACAUACGGCUAGUCCUUCCAAAAUAGUCAUCGUCUCUACUUAGUGGCCACACUCUGUGGAAACAUAUAUCUCAACUCAAAAGGGCACACGUAAUCCGUCUUCACGCCGACCUCUUGGAGGAAAACAACAGUGAAACUUACACGAGUGUCAGUCAGUCCUACACUAGACGGAUACCUGCACGAGUCACAAUCUGCCGUUCUACUGAUUGUGGACAAGAUUUUCACAGCUUUUAUACCGAAUCGCAAUAAUCGACAUCUCACAUCGGCCCGUGUCUGCUCGCCCAUCCAAGAUCGUGCUUAAUCAAGCAAAUUUAAGUUUUUCGUCGAAUGGAGCUGGGCCCGUGUUUGCCUCACGAGAUGGAGUGCUCUUGAAUGUACAGUAAGAAUAACAGACGAACGUGAUAUCGUAUACAUUUGGAACCGCCGUCUAAUCACAUCGGUCUCAGUUCGUGAUAUUCACACGGAAUUUCAACACGGGAAAACUUUUCCUAUAUCCCUCAAAACUUUGCUGGUCAUUGUAUGAGAUUAACAAAGUUCUUCCUAUCUAGGAAAAACUAAGGGAUCAGUUGAGCGAAGGAUACGGCACGUUCUGCGGACGGAACAACAACAUGAUUAGCAACGUUGCCGGAACAUGAAGGACAAGUCUAAAACCGCCGCCCGGACCCGGAGGGAGAAGGAAAAUGCGGAAUUUUAUGAGUUGGCGAAGAUGUUGCCUCUGCCCUCCGCCAUCACAAGUCAGCUGGAUAAGGCGUCCAUUAUACGACUGUCUACAAGCUACCUCAAGAUGCGGACAGUGUUCCCCGACGGUCUUGGUGAUGGUUGGGGACGAAGACAGAUUGGACAUAGAACUCGGCUCGACAAGGAACUCGGAUCCCAUUUAUUACAGACGUUGGACGGGUUUAUAUUUGUUGUUGCGCCUGACGGUAAAAUUUUGUACAUAUCCGAGACUGCGUCUGUACACCUGGGACUAUCACAGGUGGAGCUGACAGGAAGUAGUGUAUUCGAGUAUAUCCAUCCAUCAGAUCACGAUGAAAUGACCGCCGUCCUGUCCCUCCACAACCCCUAUCACUCACACCUGUUACAAGAUAUUGAAAUAGAAAGGGUUUUCUUUAUACGCAUGAAAUGUGUUCUAGCUAAACGGAAUUCUGGUCUAACGAAUGGAGGUUACAAGGUGAUACACUGUAGCGGUUAUAUGAAGAUUAAACAAUACACUAUGGACAUGGCGCCGUAUGACGGGUGUUUCCAGAACAUGGGUCUGGUUGCCGUUGGACACUCACUUCCGCCCAGCGCAAUAACAGAAAUCAAAAUGUUUAGCAACAUGUUCAUGUUCCGAGCCAGCCUCGAUCUCAAACUCAUUUUUCUUGAUGCCAGAGUUGGCCAGCUGACGGGUUACGAACCACAGGACCUGAUAGAGCGCACCCUGUAUCACUACAUACAUGCCUGUGAUAUUAUGCCUAUGAGAUUUGCUCACACCACCCUGCUGUUAAAAGGUCAAGUGACCACGAAGUACUACCGGUUUCUGACUAAAGAUGGCGGGUGGAUUUGGAUGCAGAGUCACGCGACAAUCGUCCAUAACAGUCGGUCCUCCCGCCCGCACUGUAUCGUCAGUGUUAAUUACGUCCUUAGCGAUUUGGAAGCAAGGGGACUUCAGAUACAACUGGAACAGACCAUCACGAAAGAGCCGUCUCCUUUCUCCAAUAUAUCAAACAGGUCGACGAGUAAGCUUCGCUCAUCCAAACCAAAAUCUAGACGAUCGCCGUACCCUCAUAUCGCGGAGAACCCAGAGUACAAUCAUGGCGAUAUGGCGGUCGAUAGGUCACCACUGGACUUCAUGUCCGAUCCCGCCACUCAGGAACUUCUCUGUGCUAACAGCGCGCCCCAGGCCGUUCUAGAAUGUGGGGAAAAGUUACCAAACAUGUACUCACCUCAGUACACACAAGGACUAAUUUCUGAUCUCUACCAGUUCCAGGCGCAGCAGAGGUACAUAGAUGAGAGACUCCAGUACCGUGAUAACGAGGAGGAGAAAUUCUAUCCAAUGAGGAACCUGGAGGCAUAUCCUGGAUAUAUUCCUCCUCACAAUGGACAUUGUAGCCCUCGACUCACACACAUGGACCACCAUGAGCGACAGACUAUGUCACCUCAGUUUGAUUAUAGACCGUCCGGGCCGUGUUCUCGAAGUAGUUCUCGAGACACAACAUUCGGAACCCCUCAGGGAUAUGCAUGUCCUUUUAGCAAUAGGUCUGAAUCGUCUGCUUCUGAUGUUGAUGUUGUAAGUGACGAAUACGAAAAGCAGCACCAGCCUCGAACUGACACUCUCCAAGUUAAGUUUGAUAAUAUUUUAGAAACAAAUAGCUUGAAUAUAAAAGAGGAGUCGUACAAGUCACCGUCACGGUUGGGUGAACAGACGAAAAUAGUGUCUCCUAUACGUGAAAAUCUCCAACAGUCUGUAAUCAUGCUGCGGCCGUCCCGACCGAUGUACCCGUCAGACACCGUGUCUAUCAGGAGUACGGAGGACUGCUGUCAGUCCGUCAUGGAACGUUCUCCAAGCGCUGACAAACUGCCAGGUCAGACAGAUUUCACGAAGUGUGCUACUGAGUCUGCACCAGCGGACGACGUAUACGUGCCAGACGGCGCCGUGGACAACGACAAAAUCAUGGAUGUUCGAAUGAUGCACGAGAAAAACUUUUAUACGCAAUGUCUUCGUGCUGCAUGCGCUUAUGAUAAUUACAAUCAAAGUAACCUGAACCAUACAGCGUCAACCUCCAGUCCAAGGCCGUACACUGUAGGGCCUCAGGCUGGCUACACCAGUGUUAUAGUGGACACCCAGCAAUAUCACCUCGCUAAUGGCUACGUACAUUGAGGCCCGGGACAUGUAUA